AUGUCUGCUUCGUCGAGGAAUCGCGCUGCUAAAAGCUCUGGCAAGUCAUCCACUGCCAGAGGAGAACGCAUCCAGGACUACACCGCAAUGCCGUCAGUGAAAGAACUGAAACUUUUCGACCCAUGCGCCGCCACGGCCUCCAUGUUUCUUUAUGCGCAAGGCCCUACAAUUGUAUGCUGUCACCACGACACUCUGACCGUUGAGACAAGAUUUUCGAGGCAUAAAGAAACAGUCGAAUUGCUCGCUGUGGACAAUCAGAGUGACUUGGGCGGUGGCCGCCUCGUUGUUAGCUACGACGCCGGCCAGACUGCCAUUGUCUGGGACUUGAUGACCGGUGAUGAAGUGGCCAGAUUCUCAUCCUAUGAAACACUUACUGCCGCGGCAUGGAUGCGCGAUGGAAAUGUCGCUUUUGGCAACACUCAGGGGAACAUCAUCCUUUUUGAGCCAACGACUUCGGAACAUAUUUCGUCAAGGACCAUAGACCAGAUUGCAGUUACUGCGCUGGCCCCGUCCGCUGAUUGCAGGACGUUUGCGAUCGGGUAUCAAAACGGAUCACUACUGAUCGCAACUCUUCAACCGCGCUUUACAAUCUUGCACAACUUGACAACGUCGAGAGCACCAUCGCCGGUAGUAACUGUAGCAUGGCACGCUUCUUCGUCGCGACAAAAAUCCGACAUGCUGGCGGUGCAGAGCCACGAUGGGGAUCUCCGAGUCUGGAGCGUUGCAAAGAAUUUCAGUGCCGAUGAUCCUGCCAAAGUCGUCAGGAUACUUCGGCGGCGAGAAAGCUCCGUACCUGGACCCAACUGGAUGGGCUGGUCGAAGAAUGGUCGUAUUAUUCAGUUCUCAGACUCGGAAACCCUGUCGUGGGAUGUACGAACAAAACAUGUUACCUUUGACUCAAUCCCUACUUUGGAACAUGUAAAAGGGCUCGCAGUUUACGGGCCAGGGGCUACCCUCUUCACCUCGGGGCCCAACGGCACUGUUCAACAGUUUGAUCUCAACUCGCCAUCUAUCAUGGUUGCAAACGUCCAACACCCCACGAACCUCUUGCCACCGUCGCCUCCAAACUCAAUCGAAGAGCCAAGCAAUGCGUCGGGCCAUUCUGCAACGACAAUUCACACAUCGGAGUCGGAGUCUAGCUCUGUGCCAUUUGAUAUUGGCGUCUCGGAAAGUGAUGAGGACCAGCUGUCCCCGUUUGCGCGCUUCUCUCGUCGCCCUCACCUGGACCCGUCAGGAGGUGAGGUGUCCUUCGAUCCAGGAAGCCCAGUAUCCAGUCGAAGUGGAGUGUCCUCGGUGUCCAAAUCAUCGGCUAGUUCUCGUACACCAGGUCACUAUCAAGGAUCCAUGAUGUCCAGAGGAAUGACAGAAAACACUUACAUAUCCACCGGCUCGUCCCUGAAACCAUCAACGAUUGGUCGAAAAGACCUGGACACAUACUCCAUGGGCUAUUCACUACCCUCAACAAGCGGCCAAUCCACGACUUCUUCACGAUCUAGACACAGGCCAUCUCGUCUGAGACAUGAGAUCCCUCGAAGCCCCGACGAUAACAAGGUACACGAGUUGUUCAAGUUUACCCGCAGUCGCUUGAGCGACAUUCCGUACAAGCACCCCAUGCGAGCUGAUAAUUCUCGCCUCACAAACGAUGAUUUGAGAAGGCAAAUGCUGAGCACCAUUUUCGGAUGGCACAAGCCGAUUGAGGAUUUGAUUCAAGAUGAAAUGAGCAGGCACCCGGCCGGCUCCGCCAGUCGCAUCCUUCUUGCCAAGUGGCUGGGUGACAUGGACACCGAUAUCAUGGUCGGCUCGUCUGAGAAUAUGAGCUCGUCUGACUGGAUGCUACUCGCUCUCAGCGGCAUUGGUGGACAGAAGUCUCAACAUAAACUCGGGCGUGCCUAUGUUCGGCGUUUGCUAGAAAAUGGCGACAUCCAUGUUGCCGUUACCAUUAUGCUCGGUAUGGGUGAUCACAACGACGCAAUUGAGAUCUACAUAUCUCACAAGCGCUAUAUGGAGGCACUCAUCCUCACCUGUGUUGUUUUUCCAAGUGUCUGGGAACGUCAGGCUGCGAUUAUCCGUAAAUGGGGAGAAUGGGCUGUGCAACAUGGCCAACAACAGCUGGCUAUACGGUGCUUCGCCUGUACUGAUCAGGAGUCUACCGAGCCAUGGAGCUCUCCGUCGGCAGUUCAGCUAAACUUCCAGAGCAUCACACCUAGUAUCCCUGAGAUUCUCAGCCCUCCCUUGUCGCCGCCAGGCCUUCAACGUGGUCCGCAGCGCAGUGUUGCCAAGUCAUCAGCCCUGAAGCUCAUCACCACGUUUGGAGACGAGAAUCAAAAGUCGAGGUUCUAUUCUCAAGGGGAUGGUGGGCAGACCCCAAUUGCCGCUGGUGUUACCCCAAUCGCUGAUUCGGCCAUCUCUCCGGCGGUCUGUGAUGUGACCACGGCACUACUGCGCCCGUCAAGCAACAGCAGGUUUAAUACGCCCACUUCUGCUCGUCCGAGCGGCUCCAGCUGUGGACGCGGCAGGCUCCCAUCAAUAGGCGAAAUUUCCUCAGACUUGAAUCGGGAGGCGCAUCAAGCCGCCGAGAAGGCUAGUGAAAGGGUAAAUCGUCUGGGCCAUGUUCGUGUGUUGUCUGCGGAGCAGGAUAAUCUGGCUUCAGGUCGUUUGUUACAACGUGCUGCAACGGCCAGCCCGAUGAUGAUGAGGGACAGUUUCCAAAAAGCCGCACGGGGGUACGAAGGCGAACGGCCCCCAUCGCCUAACGAGAACAUUAUGAGCAGGAUGCAAGAGGCUCGAUCAAACCGCAGAAACGGCUCGCGGGAUCGCAUUCCCCGAGGUGUGAACCUUCAACUCAAGCCUCUGGGGCAGCCCGCAUUCGCAGAUGUAACUCCCCCUGAGCAGUCUGUAACGUCAUCCACACGCUUCCACUGGCCUUCGAGACGCCGUGCGCCAGGAUCAGUUGCAAGCUCGGUAACUUCUACAUCAAGUGCAGGAAGAAGUUUGCGCACUGGCCAAAGGCACCGUGAUGAUUACAUGCAUAGCCUGGAAGCUGCUCAUGACUACUCGAAGGGAAAUCGUAGUCGAGGUGGAAGCACGGAACGAGGUCGUGAAUCAUCCCGCGGCCGCCAUGGUAGUCAGGAAGGAAGGACCAAUUCGAGAGAGGCGUCUGAGGAGCGUGGAAGAGCCUCUGCACGAUGCUGGACAAAGCCCAAGAGAUCACCCACCUCGCCAAUCCCCAUGUCACCAGAGGACCUCGCCAAUUUGAGCACACCCAAAUACCACGAAGUUGGCGAGCCGGGUACGACUAGGAAGUCGGGCGGCACCAAAGCAAAGACUGGCAGCCGAGCGUCUAGCCGUGGGAGUCAACGGCGCAGUCCGGACGGCCGCCCCCGGCCACCGGCAUUGGACAUUCGUGGCAGAAGUCUGGUUCGGGAAGCAUCUCAUCAGCGAUCUCCAUCGUCACCCCUGCCUCUUUCGGCAACUGCAUCGUUACAUUACCAAGGCUCCGAAGAUGAGGAAGAUUUCAGGAGGGCAAUUGAGGAGCAAGAGGGCUUCAGAACCAAGCAUAGCCGAGGCGCAAGCCGUACUCUCAACUCCCCACUAGAGACCAAGGGAGAAGGGGCGGAAAGCCGUCGCAGAGAGACUGCGGAGGCACUUGGCAUCCUCCCACCUAUGGUCGCUCACACUCGAGCGGCUUCAACUGACCACGCUGGUGACUUGCGGCAAAUGAAAGAUGAACGACAGCGGAAGAAGGAGCAGGCAGCCCGUGAGCUCGAGGAACGUCGGAAGUCCCUUGCGAAGAGACCGCAGGCACCCCAGAUCCUGCACCCCAAUGAAAUCAACGGCACAGGCUUGCGAAUUGGUGUCGAGAUGAUGAACGAGCCAAAAGGUGUUGACGAUGCACCUCCUCGUUGUGCAACCGAACCACCCAAGAGCAUGUAUGCAAGGAGCGGGCCGCACAUCGGUCUCCCGGCAACUCCCAAGGCCAUGAGACUAAUUCUCGAAGCCGAGAAUAGCAGCAAGAUGAACAAGGAUGUCCCAGAAGUUCCCUUCAUUCCUCCCGAUUAUGGCACACUCGUCGUUUCAUCUGGCCAGUGUCCUAAAAAGGAAGAGGGCAUUGAGCCGUUGACUCUGCUUCCGUCUACCGUAUACCAACCACCACAGAGACCGGCCAUUCCUCGAAGCAUGUCGGCCCCGAUUCCUGACGAGCCUAGACAAACUCCAAGACACCCUAGGAAGGCCAGCACAGGCGGGAUUCGAGGCAUGGACGAGGUAGUGCAGGGCGGACGACGUCAUUCGCAGGAGGAGGCAGUGCCGCCGCCGCCUCCCCCGGUUCCUGCGGCACCACCCAUGCUCAAGGAGCUCCAGCACCUGGCCACACCACCGCCUCCUCCUCCUGCCCCUCUGCCAUAUGCGCAGCGAUCUCUCACGGGUGGUGCCUUGGCUUCGGGAAUGAUUGAGAUUGUGAUGGAUGAGGACGACGACGCUCCAAUUGUCGCUGCGCCCAACGACGGCAUGGUUCCAGUACUUGCACCGCCUGCUCCUCCCUGCAGGGGUCACAACCGAGGACGUAGUAAUGGGGAUGGUAGCUUCUCCAGAGGAUUGUCCAGGACUGGGAACAGGGAGCGGAUGAGAUCGGCCAGUCGCAGCCGCAAGGACUCUGGGGCAAGCAUCAAAUCGCCGCUAUUGGAGAUGUCAUCAGACGGGGCUUACCGCGUCGGCACACUUCGAUCACCAGUUGGGGGAGUGCCUCCCCCGGUGAUGUACGACCCCGAUGCCAUUCGGGCUGCGAUUGAACCAAACGGAAAGCACAUGUCGACCGGACUUGACCAAAGCGAGAUGUUUUGA